UAAAGUCAGUCAGGCCAACCGAAGACCAUUGGAUCCCAUCCAGCCAGACAGUGAAUCACCAAGGCGCCGCGGUCGAGGUGCUCGUAUUGGAUCUUUUUUUUGUCAUGAUUCUGUUGUUGCUGCACCGCUAAAACUCCCAAGCACGCCGGUGGCGGAACCUGAGGCGACUCCUGAAUCCCAACAACUUCAGUUAUCAUAUACGGCCGACAGCAGAGAGGUAGCACCAGCGACUUUCUCAUCGAUUGCCAAUCACCUCUUCCAAACCUCUUCGCGACGACACAAGAGACUCAAACCGAAGGCUCCUUGUUGCCCAUUCUUCCCACCCGCUCCAUCGAACGAGACUAGUCCGGUGGCGGACCUCAAGACGAAGCCCGAUUUGCUUGUCACCAAUCAUCGACCAGCGGAGGAAGACUUUGAUUGGGAAAGACUUCGAGAUGUUUUCCGCAUUCACGGGCAGGUCGCCAGCUCCCGCUGCCGUACCCGCAGAUGGUAGUGCUCCUGCGGCCGAGGAGCAUCCGAGCGAUGGAAACAAGUUGUCGACCUUUCUCUCCAUUCUAAGGAAAUUCAUUGGUGUCGCCGAUCUCGCCUCUGUACGCUUCUCUCUCCCUUCGCAGCUUCUCGAGCCAACACCCAACCUCGAAUACUGGAACUAUCUCGAUGCGCCGAACGCCUUUGUUGCGAUUGGCACCGCAGACGAACCGGUCGAUCGUAUGCUGGAGGUGCUGCGGUUCUGGUUCACCAAGGAUCUGAAAUAUGCAAAGGGGAAGCCUUGCAAGCCAUAUAACUCUUGCUUGGGGGAGUUCUUCAGGUGUAACUGGGAAACAGAUGAUGAUGCCCCAAGGAUCAACACCAAGGCUGCAGAGGACACCAUCAGCCGGCCCUCGAGCGUCAAAUCCGGCAGCUCCCGCGCCGCAUCUACAGUAUCCGUGCCCGCCACGAACCCGAAGCCGUCGAAACCCGUCAGGAUCUCCUACCUGACCGAGCAAACGUCUCACCACCCUCCUGUCAGCGCGUUCUAUAUCGACUGCCCAGAGAAGGGCCUGCACGCCAAGGGUUUCGACCAGAUCACAGCCAAGUUCACCGGCACCUCGAUCAAGGUGAUGCCCGGCGAGCACAAUCUUGGCAUUUUCAUCACGCUGGAGAAGAGGAACCACGAGACAUACCAGUUGACACAUCCUCCUGCCCACCUUGGAGGUAUCCUCCGUGGUGCGCUAAGCGUCACGGUCGGCGAUAUGGCCUAUAUUACCUGCCCGGAAACGAAGCUCAAGGCGAUUCUCCGCUACUACGACGACGGUUGGCUGGGCCGGACCACGAACAAGGUUGAGGGCAUCAUCUUCAAGUACGACCCUGAAAACGACGACAAAAUGCAGAUCAAGGAUGUACCGCAGGAGGACAUUCUGGUGCGUCUCGGUGGUCCUUGGAAGGAGAAGGUGGUCUUUACUGUUGGUCCCAAGCCUUUGGAAUCCCACCCUCCUGAUCAACAAACAACCAUAAUCGAUAUCGCCCCCCUUUCCGUGGCCCCCAAGGUCCUCCCGCCCACCGAGCAGCAACUUCCCAACGAGUCCCUCACCUUGUGGGGUAAAGUGACAGAGGCGAUUCUUGCCAAGCAAUUUUCUCGCGCCACGACGCUGAAGCAGGAGCUCGAGGAGGCCCAAAGAGAAAAGGCUCGCGAGCGCGAACAGAAGGGAGAAAGCUGGCAGCCCGUCUUUUUCGUGACGGCGACCGAUAAGGCCGGUAAACCGGCGCUGACGGAGAAGGGACGGGAGGUGCUCAAGAGGGCGCAGGCGGGGGAUUGGAGUUUGGAUGGGAUUUUUGAGAAGGAUGCAAAGGCUGCGGACGCUGCCAAGUAAGUGUAAAGCGAUAGUAGAUGUUCGCACUUGGCGCGGCUUAGAGAGGAAGAGAGACUUGGUCUCUCUAGGAUGCAUGGUCCAGAAUGGGAUGUGUGUGUGUGUGUGUGUGUGUAUGCUAGGAAAGAGGGAGUGAGGGGGCUGUAUGAUUGGCUAUGUGGAGUUGUUCUUAUAGCAAGAGGGCAGGAUAUACUUGUAUAGAAGGGGACGACGGCGUCGAUGCAUAGGAAGCAGCUGUUGCUGGGAUUCUCAUUUUUUUUUUCAUCAGUCUCGCUUUGCUUUUCGGUUUUCCUUUUCUUGGUACAGGGGAUGGAUGGAUGGAACGGGUUUUGGGAGUUCGCACUAUAAUUUACUUUUAAACAGGAACAACAGGAUCGGUCUCGGUUGAGCUGGAAAUGCCUCAAAGAGGAGGCUCGUAAAUCACCCACCCUACGGCCUAGACGAGAUCUACAGGUCGUCAUGACAUUAUAAAUAUAUAUAUAUGUGUGUGUGUACGUGUG